CGCAAACACUCAUCCUUCAGCAUGGAGCUAAACGAGGAAAGACAGGAGCGCUACUUUAUUGUAGUGAGGAGAAGCAAGAAAGGCUUGUCUCGCGGGUCAAUUGGGCGCGCGGAUGCAGAGACAGCAGCUGGAGAUCUCAUAGGAAUGGUUUAUGGAGGAGGUGGCAGUGCCAAGAGCAGCGGCACGGUGAAGAAGCAGGACACAUACCCACUCACACGCCACCAAGCUCAGCUACUUCUGUUCGUUUCACCGGCCAGCAGGCGACUUGAGCUGCUGUACAACGUCCAGCUCUUCAGUGCAAUCUGCGCUCUUGCUCAGGACGAUCUUGUAGUGGUCAAACACAAGAAGGACUUUCAACCAUGUCUGGUCAAAAAUCUGAUUCAAAUAGGCAAGAAAGACAAGCCAGGAGUCUUGCAGAUGCUGGGAUUUGAGCUGGACUUAGUGGACACUCAGCAUGAUAUUUUGUCAAAGACGACUGUCCCUCUUCCCUUCUUCAGUGCAGCUGAUAUUGUCCAGGUGGCUCCGUCACAUUUAAACACCAGGCAACCACUAAGAGAUAGCGUUGAUUUGGGUUUGAAAAGGAAAGCGGUGUCUCGCAUCAACAUGCCAGCUCUCAACUCACGCAAUGCAAAAAAAGGAAGUAUCUUAUUAAACACAGAAGUGUCCGGUUCCAUUCAGUCCUUGUCCCAUUCUUCUUUGGAGGUGGGGUCUAUGGCAGAGGUCAUCUCUUUGAAUGGACUGACCGUGUAUGGGGUGAUCAGAUGGAUUGGAGUUCCAGAGGGAAAGAAAAAUUGCUGGGCAGGACUUGAGCUGGACAAUGAGGCGACGACUUGUUCGGAUGGGACAAUUGGUACAAAACGAUAUUUCACCUGUGAAGGAAACAAAGCCUUGUUUGUGCCACUGACCAACUGCAAACCAGACAGCAGAUUUCUGUUCAUCCCGAAUGAGAUCCCAAAACCACUUGAACCUCCCUCAGUCACACUCCUGGAAGAUUUAAAUGAAGAUGUUCCCCCUGUUGCUGAGCAAGACGUUUUGUCCCAUCUGAUUGGCAGAAUGAGGGGAAUCCAAGGUCACUUCAACUCCUGCUAUCUAGAUGCCACUCUCUUUAGUCUCUUCACGUCAUCCGUAGCUUUCAACAGAAUGUUUAGCAGAUCAGCAGAUAGCGAGGAAGGCAUUUCACACAUUUUAAGACAGGACAUUGUGAACCGUUUACGCAGAACAGGCUUUGUUCCAGCAGAGAGUGUGAUGAAGUUUCGUAAACAGCUGGGCUGCAAAUCUUUUGCUACAGAGGAGAAAGAUCCAGAGGAGUUCAUCACCCUACUACUAAAACAUGUUUUACAUAUAGAGCCAUUGCUCAAAAUCAGGUCAUGUGGAGACUUGGCACAGGGUGCCUAUACGCAUCAGAUCAUUGUAGAGAAGAAUCAGUUGCGAGCUGUGCCUUCGGUUCAACAGCUGCUUGAGAUGUCCUUCGUAUCAAGCGAUCUGAAGUUUGAAGAGAUUCCAACUUGCCUUAUAGUUCAGAUGCCACGGUUUGGAAAGAAGUUCAAGAUGUUCCCUAAAAUCAUUCCCUCAACAGAGCUGGACAUCACAGACAUCUUGCAUUGUUCUCCCCGGGAAUGUUUUCUGUGUGGUCAUCUAGCUGAAUAUGAGUGUGUCCAGUGCCUGAUGGACCAUAAGCUUCAACCAGGCAUAAUUAAGCAGUAUUGCACCACCUGCAACACACAGGUUCACAUUCAUCCCUCCCGAAAGGAACACACUCCUCAAAAACUUACAGUUCCAGAUCACCUUCCAGAAGAUGCACCUGUACAGAGGCACCAGAUGCAACUGUUUGCAGUCCUCUGUAUAAACACCAGCCAUUAUGUAUCUUUUGUCAAAUAUGGGUCUAACCCACGGUCCUGGAUCUUCUUUGACAGCAUGGCUGACCGAUGUGGUGAUGAUAACAAUGGCUACAAUGUUCCUGUGAUCAGGUCCUGUCCUGAGGUUGGAGACUUCCUUUCACAGUCUGAAGAGGAGAUGUCCACAGCAGAUGUGAGUCAGAGCAGUGAGAUGGUACGCAGACUGCUGUGUGAUUCAUACAUGUGUCUGUAUCAGAGAACAGAGUGAGCAGAGACAUCUUUGAUAUCUUCGGACUACUGUGUCCUUACUAUAUCUCUUGUCUCAUUACAUCAACAGAGCUGACACAUGAAUUACUGUAUACUUGUGUUUUGCUUAGACAUUCUGUUCUUUAGCAAACUGUUCUUCUGUGACUUCUAAUGGAAGUGUAUUUAUAUGUAAAAGGGCUCCUAGAUGUAUCUUAAGACAUUUUUAUCAGGUAGAGAUAUACAUUUAUACACAA